GAGUUGGCAGAAGGACUUGCGGCGGGUCCGCUUCGGCCGGCGCUGUGGCCUGGUCUACCCCAGCGGCUGACUGAGCGCUCAGUGCGGCACCAUGGGGAAGCGGGACAAUAGGGUGGCCUAUAUGAACCCAAUAGCAAUGGCCAGAUCAAGGGGUCCAGUCCAGUCUUCAGGUCCAACGAUCCAAGAUUAUCUGAAUCGACCAAGGCCUACCUGGGAAGAAGUGAAAGAACAACUAGAAAAGAAAAAGAAAGGCUCCAAGGCAUUGGCUGAAUUUGAAGAAAAAAUGAAUGAGAACUGGAAGAAAGAACUAGAAAAACACAGGGAGAAAUUAUUAAGUGGAAGUGAGAGCUCAUCCAGAAAAAGACAGAGAAAGAAAAAAGAAAAGAAGAAAUCUGGUAGGUAUUCAUCUUCUUCAUCAAGCUCUGAUUCUUCCAGCAGUUCUUCAGAUUCUGAAGAUGAGGAUAAGAGACAAGGAAAAAGGAAAAAGAAAAAGAAGAGCCGUUCACAUAAAUCUUCUGAAAGUUCCAUGUCAGAAACUGAAUCAGACAGUAAGGAUAGUUUAAAAAAGAAAAAGAAGUCAAAGGAUGCAACUGAGAAAGAAAAGGACAUUAAAGGACUCAGCAAAAAAAGAAAGAUGUAUCCUGAAGAUAAACCUUUAUCAUCUGAGUCCCUGUCAGAAUCAGAUUAUACUGAGGAGAUACGAGCAAAAAAGAAGAAAAGCAGUGAAGAACGAGAAAAAACAACAGAAAAAACAAAAAAGAAAAAGAAGCAUAAGAAACACAGUAAGAAGAAGAAAAAGAAGGCUGCUAGUUCAAGUCCUGACUCACCAUAACAUUAAGAAGAAUCAGGAUUCACUUAUAAAGAAAGUGCAAUGUCUAAGGAAAUUUCAACUGUGAAAAUUAUGACAUAUUUACUAAAAUGCAUGAAUUUUCUUGUUUUUAGAAUUAUUCCUGGACUAUCAGUAGCCACUCAGAUGCCGCUGUGUGAAAGGGCCAUAACUGUUGCCUGCUGCUUGAACAUCUGUUUUUUUCUCUUCCAGUGCUUAAUAACUUGGAGAUAACACACCGCAGUCAUACUAGUGGUUAAGAUAUUUGGGAAUAAAGUUAAUAUUUUUGACUAGGAGUAUCUAAUGAUAAAUCAACAGAAACUGAAUCUGGAUACAUCAUUAAGAUGUAAUCAGAGAUGACGAGAUGACUCUAGUUAACAUUUUUGAAGUAGGGAUUACGUUGAUGUUUCAAAAUCCUUACUCUGUAGAUAAGCGUAUUUUAAUUUUUUCCCCUUGUAUACUUUUGUUUACCUGGGGAAGGAGCUUUUAGGGGUGGGGGUGGGGUUUGAUAUCACUUCAGCUAGCAGAAUAGCGUGCCUUUAUCCUCACACAUCUUAUUUUUGUGGACACAGUAGCCAUGCUUCAUGGGGAGGUCAGGGCCGGGUAUGGCAGUCUUGCCCUUUACUGAGCUUAGUGACAUCCUUGGACUCUGUCGUAUGCUACUUUGAGUGAACCAGAGAAAUAGCCUUUUGCAGCAUGAGAAUGCCCCAAAAGCUCUGGGAUUUACCUCCACUUCAAUAAUACUGAAUGUUUUUUAGCAUUAGAAUGUGUUAUAACAUUUGAACUAAUUUUGACUACACUUUGGCUUUGAAAAGGAAUCAUUUCAAAUGACACUGGUACUUUUUGAACUUGAUAGCUAAAGAUUCUAAAAUGCAUGUUUUAUACUGUUAGGUUUUAACCAGUCAGGAAAAUUUUAUGUAAUCAGUGAUAGUUCCUUUAUUUUUUGUAUGAGUUUUGUUUAGGCUGUAAUGUUUAGCUUUUUAUUAACUCCUUAUUCUUGCUAUUAUAAAUUCCUUACUGUGUUUAACA